UGGUGCUAUCAAAUUACAUCCCACAAAUAUUGAAACCGGUUGGAAUCACCAUUAUGCAUUAUGCACCAUGUAUAUUCACUUAAUCAAUUUUACUCUCAUUAGUUGAUACAUACAGCCAACAGCUAAAAGUUUGAUUAUUAAAUUUAAUUGUUAUGAUGAAUUCAGAAAGAGAUUCACUUAUUAAUCGUCAUGAAUCAUCACACUCAGGACUUUCUGUACUUUUUGCAACUCUAUGUAUUAUUGAUAUUUUUGGUGUAUUUCCAAUAAUUGCAUUGCCACGUGCAAUUGUACAGUGUGGUUUACUUGGUAUUCCACUUGUUAUUGUUGUCGUUUUACUACAAAUUUAUACAGCAAUUUUACUUGGUAAAUCAUGGACAAUUGCCAGCAGUUUGGAUCCUCAGAUAUUCACAAAAAAUCGAUAUCCACUUGCAGCUGUUACAGAAUUUACACUUGGUCCAAAAUUUAGAACUUGUGUUACUGUACUUCUUGACUUGACAGUAUUUGGCUGUGGAAUUCCAAAUCUUCUUGUUGCUUCACAAAAUCUUCAAUUAUUUGGUUUAAAAGUAUCAGAUAAUCAGUUUGAUAUGUCAUUCUGUUAUUGGCUACUUGUUGUUGGCAUUGGACUUUGUCCCUUGAUGUGGCUAGGUAGUCCACGAGACAUGAAAUCACUGGCAAUAACUUCAACAAUUGCUGUAAUUGCAACUGCUGUACUAGUGUGGUGGUGUAUUAUAUCAGAUGAUCGUCAACUCAAUAGUCUUCCACUUCCAACAUCACCUACUUGGGAUAAAUUUAUAUCUGGUUAUGGCAUGCUAGCUUUUCAAUUUGAUGUUCAUCCAACACUGAUGACUAUUCAAGUUGAUAUGAAACGACCUAAAAAUAUUAAUAAAUCUGUUGUUGCUUCAUUUUUAUUUACUGCAUUUAUAUUUGGUACAACAACAAGUUUAGCUAUUUGGAAAUAUGGUGCUAGUACAACAGCAAAUAUAUUACAAAUUGCACCACCAAGUUAUGCAAGUAGAGCUGCUAUUCUUAUAUCAGCAUUACAGUUGAUAUUUUCUAGUGUUAUUGGACAUUCAGCAUUAUUUUUACAUCUUGAAGAUGAACUUCAUGUUCAAAGAAAUUUUGGAUGGAAACGUUGUGCAAUGCGUUCAGCAAUAGUUUUACUUGGUGUUAUUGUUGGUGAAUCAGUGCCUCGAUUUGACAUUGUUAUGGCACUCAUUGGUGGUACAUUAACUGGUCCACUUGUAUUUGUUCUUCCACCAAUAAUGUAUGCCAAAGCUAAAGCACUCAAAGAAAAAGCUAAAAAAAUUAAAAUACAUCACGAUAUACAAUCAGCUACUGAGUGUCAUUCAUCAGAAGAUAAUGUUAUUGAUGAAAAGGCACAUUCACAAUCAAUUCAUUAUCGUUUUAAUGAUAAAAAUCCAGACAAUCAUAAAUGUGUUUAUUAUGCCAACAACAAUAACAACAACAAGGAUCAUGAACAAGAUGACUUGGCUGGUCCAUCAAAUUUUAGAAAAAAAUUAAAGAUUGAUAAUAUUGGUCUUGUUGAGACACCACCACCACCACAAGAUUCAAAUAAAUUAUCAACAUAUAAAUCAGUCCAAUCAAGACCAAUUGCAAUUGCUGAAAAAGAUACAAGUAAUAUUGAUUUAAUUGUUGAUUGGUUUGGUUAUUUUGUUGUAUUUCUUGGCAUACUGAUAACUCUUUCAUCAACAUAUAUUAAUAUUAAAAAUACCAUUCGUUUUGUUAGAUUUACACCACCAUGUAUUGUAAAUGCUUCAAUUGCAGCACAUUUUUAAUAUUUAAAUAAUUAUAAACAUCAUCGAAAUACAUAUAAUG